AUGACGGAAAGAUUUGAUAUUAACCAUCCAGGAAUUAUAUUUUGCAAGACAGUAUGUGAUGAAAACGAAGAGGCUAUAAAUCUAUUGAAAGAUGUGUCAGUUCAUCCCCCUUCUGCCUUACCCGAAGUUCAAAAACCACCAGGACUAGAUCUAAAACGACAGUGGUAUUUUUUCAACAAGAUUCGCGAAUAUUGUACUGAGGAAAGCCAAGACACUGUCUGCCCCCUUCCAGUCGAUCAACCAAGUAAUUGUUUAUCUUCUGAAGAUGAGUCAGAAGAUGAAUUGCCACCUGUUGAAAGACACAAUGGAAAAAAGAGAAACUGUAAACUUAGCACUGAUGAUUUAGUGACAUUUUGGAUGAAUUCAAAGAAGUUGAUUGUGCAACAGUAUCAAACAAAGGUUAUAACGUCACAUUAUUGGGCUUUAAAGAUAGAACGUCCACUGCCGUUACCAUAG